UCAUCCCUUGAGAAUUAUCCCUCUCGUUUUGGUCCACGCCAGCAUUUCGCCAAUAGUGUCCGAGAAUGUCCAAGAAGCAAUGGCUCGCCCUGCUGUUGUUGUUCCUCACAUAUCUAACACUGGGCGCUACCAUCUUCUACUUCAUCGAGAGCUGUAAUGAGGACAGGAAGAUCGAAGAGGAGACAAAAGAACGCACGACGAUCUACAAGUUACUUCACAAAUACUAUGUACCCAGUGCCAGCCACAAUGAGACUGAGAUUCUGCAAAAGCUCACCGAUUACUGCGGCAAGUCCGUCUACAAUUAUAGCGUCACCACCCGACGAUGGGAUUACUACAAUAGCUUUUAUUUCGCUUACACGGUGGUCAGCACUAUCGGAUAUGGCAAUUUGGCACCCACGAACACUCUCAGUCGCAUCUUGAUGAUCUUCUACGGCCUCAUAGGCAUUCCAAUGAACGGAAUCCUACUGACGCAGUUGGGUGAAUUUUUCAGCGGCGUAUUCAUCAGAGCUUAUCAGAAAUACAAAUCCUACAAACAACGUCAAUCAUGCACUGAUCAUCCCUCCAAAAAGUCGAUACCGUCCGAAACGCGUAAGAUAAUGAGACUGGCCGCUCAGAUCUUUCUAUACUUGACGCCCGGCUUCAUCGUAUUCAUCUUUUUCCCGGCAAUUCUGUUCUCGCAUUACGAGAGAUGGACCUAUGAUGAAUCGGUUUAUUACGCUUUCGUCACUCUCACGACCAUCGGUUUCGGCGAUCUUGUGGCAGGCCAGGACAAUACAAAGGGAAGUGGUCCAUUCUUCAUACUGUAUAAGAUAUUCCUAAUUUGCUGGAUCUCCUUCGGGCUGGGCUACAUCGUUAUGAUAAUGACAUUCAUCGCUCGUGGUAUGCGCAGUAAAAAGAUUACAAGGCUCGAGCACAAACUGGCGAUGAAUCUCAAGCUUACGCAGAGUAAGAUUUGGAACGAGUUUAAUAAAGAGGUCAACUACCUGCGCCGCGUUUUCAACGAGUUACAACUCUCUAAGGUCAAAAGAGUAUAUGUGGAUGAAUACGAAUCCGAAGAACCUCCAGCGAAAUUUCCACGCAGCAACAGUUUUCCGAAUCUCCGAGAUUUAACAAUUGGUGGAUAUGUGGAUAUACCGCAUCCGCGACGACGAGCUAACAGCGAAGUGGUGCCAGUGGACGAACUGACUCGUGUGGUGUCCGAGACGGAUCUUCAAAGGAUAGACAAAAACGCGACAUUCGCCGCGCACGCCAUAGUACAACCAGCUGAACUUUUAGCGAGCUUGGUCAACAUCCUCGGUUACAUACCUCCACAGGAUGACUUUGAGUGGGACCAAACUGAGGAACAAACCGACACGCAGAAUGAGACGCAUAGUAAAUCGGUUGAUCAAGGCCCAGCCAACAAUGUCUCUCACUGGACAAUUGGCGGUGAAAAGUUUCCAUUCUCCAAGCCUCGAUCUAGGGCAGCCAGCGAAAUACGACUGCAUACUACGAAAGACGAUUCCGUUCAACGUAAUACCGAAUGGACCUGGUCCGGAGUAGCCUCGACAAAGUUGCAAGAGAUGAUGAAGAAUAAUGACACGACCGCAUCUUCUAAGGACAAUCCCAGCAAGCCAUACAAGAAGUUCACGUCACUCGCUUUGCCACUUACCGCGUCUAAGAACCUCUUUCCCAGGUGGAAAAAACAAUUCGCGAAUAAGAGAUCGUCGGACGUUGGUUUUAAUACAAGAAAUACAGAAAAAGCCGUUGAAAUAACAGAUGAGAAUGAGAAAAGCAAUCAGCAGAAUAAUUCAAUCGGUCCACUGCCCUCGUAUUUAGAUGAACGGCACGAUUCGAUCUCGAGGAGACCGCAUUACUAUACACAUACGGGUGGCAACCUACCGAAUUAUCUGGAAAACAACAAUAUACUGGAAGAGACGAGUCUGGCAGAAUUUCUUAGAGCUUUAACCGCUCUUCACGCACGAGUAGGAACAGUUCCAGAUGAUUACGUUACCAAACCCAAAAGAAAACUAGGAACGGCCUGCUUGAGCCCGCCGAAGUUACCUAGUCUUUUUACUCUUUUCUCAAAUACGCCUGGUUCUGUUUCGGCAAAUCAGAGCAAUCAAAACACCAUCACGGGAGCGCAAUCGAGCAGAAGAAUGUCUCUCAAAUUGCCUGAUAACAAUUAUUCUGGCGUCAGUACGCCUACAUCUUAUGUCAGAAAGGGAAGUGUUCCUGUAAAGCCUAGGAGAUUCUCUUUGAGGCCAGUCGCGACUCCAGUGAGUGAUCCUCCAACGCCGCCUGCAGAUUUAGGAUCACCACGAUUAUCGCUACGACUCUCUCAAAAAAUAGAUGGUCGAAAUCUUCAAGAACCCGUUUCAAUAGAACCUUUCAUUUCCGUAUCGCCGAAGGAACCACUUGUGAAUAUGGAGGGACCACCGGGAAUUUCGUUGCCGAUCCAACAGCCAUCCAAUAACCAACGUUUCUCCAUAAGACCUGCUCAACUUAGCAUACAACAGAGUCCGACGAGCACUAAGUCCACGCCUUCGCCGUUGCACACGCCUAAACCGCUGCUAAAAUGGAAAGCGGGUAUGCUUCAGCGACAGAUCACUCAAAUGAAUCUACGUCGUCGCGCCAGGGCGUUCAGUCUCAGUGAUGUUUAUUCCGAUAAACGCGAAAAAACCACUCCUCCUCUCAGUCCUCUCGCUAUAGAUAACACUAAGACUGUUGAUAUUAGCAAACCGAGCACCUCGAAAACGGUGACCAUUAUGUCACCUGCGGAAGAGAUGAAUAUGACCUUGAAAAAUGAACUUCAGGAUUCCAUGGUAGUUCCUUCAGAAGAUAAGCAAAUAACAUCAAGGAAGGAUCAGGAAGGCGUAAUUCCGUUGAUUAAUCCCUUUGUUUUCGAUAUUUCCAAUGAGCCACGCGCAGAAUUAAAUCAGCCCAUGAUUUUAAGCACGCAUAAUGAUGAAAUAUAUCCCCGGAGGGAUUCCGUAUCAAUUUGUGAACCUAUCUGCAAACCGUUAUCCUCCUCUGUGUUUGAACAGAAAUUAGUAAAAUUGAAUGAUGAGCUGGAUAGAACGUUUCAAAAAGGGAUGCAAGAGACGAAUGUGGAUGCUAAACAGGUUUCGUUUAAAAUGGAACAGAAACAAGAUGACACACAUAUAAUUGAUAUAAGUGAUAAUUUAAAUGCUUCAACGAGUAGUGGAAAAUCUCCAGAAGCAAAGAAAGGGAAGCCUAGUGUGUCGAUAGACUCGUACAAGCCAUUGGUUCAAAUGACAAUAGAAAAACCAACAAUUAAUCCAUUCGAGCAAUACAGAGCUAUGACAAGGGCUAGUCAGAAGGAAGAAGAUACAGACUUAAAAGAAGUUAAAAUUGAAAAAUCUGGUAAAAAAUAAAAUAGGAACACAAAAUCAUGCUAUGC